CUGGGCUUCAUCCGCCUAUCUCUAGUUAAGGACCACACCUCUAAUUAGGGCAGUUGCUUUGACAGGCUGGUGAAACAUGUUAAAUUGUUUUAAAUAUUUAUUCGUCCUUUUUAUGGAUUCGAAAUUUCAAAAGGCAGAUAUGGUUUCUUUUAAACAUGACAUCAUCUUGUCCACUCUGCACGCACAUCCAUUCUGUUCGUCUUUUACUUGUAUUACCUGCACCUUUCCGGCUUAUCCUCUCCGGGCGCUGACUGCGCACCUGCUCAACUUAACUAUUCAGUGCGCUGAUUCUUUUCCUACCGUCAUGUUCUCCAGUAUGAAAGCUUUUUCUCCAUGUCCAUUUUUUUCUCCUUUUCGAAAUCCUCUUUUCCUACUUAGUUAAGCAUCAGUUUUUAUGGAAAGCCUAAACCGAAAAGAGAAGGAACCAGAGUGUAGAGAAGACGAGUCAAGCGGGUUCCAUGCCAGCACUGGAAGGAUAGACGAAGCUGCGUUGUACGUCGGGAGACCGAUGUCGGCUGUUGUGGAAAGAGUUCACAAUACAAUGACGAUUGACACCUUAAAGAUAAGUGAACGGCAACCCAUAGUAGUUCUUUAAGGACUUGAUUUAUGCUUGGGACGUACUAUGAAUAAUUACGCGUCUGCUUCCUUUUUGUCAUUUUCUUUCAAGGGGAAGGUUCGUCGCAGUGUUUGAAUCCCCACAGGACGAACUUCGAGAAUACGAGGAAAGGAAAACAACCAUUUUUGGAGGGGCGGGGCAUUCAGAUGGAUCUGGGAUGGUUUGAUCAAAGCUGUGGGGCCUGCAACUGCUAUUGCUUCUCAGUUUAAGGGAGCAACUUUUGAAAAAAUUAUUGAUGCAGAGGGCAUGUGCAUCAUACCAGGUUUAGUAGAUGCACAUACACAUCCUGUCUGGGCUGGAGACAGAGUUCAUGAAUUUGCACUUAAGCUUGCAGGUGCUUCCUAUAUGGAGAUUCACCAAGCAGGAGGUGGAAUCCACUUUACAGUGGAGCACACCAGAAGAGCCUCCGCUGAAGAGCUGUUGGUCAGUCUGAAGCAACGACUACAGAGAAUGUUGAGAGCUGGAACUACACUUGUAGAGUGCAAGAGUGGAUAUGGCUUGGAUUUGGACACGGAGAUUAAAAUGCUUACUGUUAUUGAGCAGGCACGCCAGGAUCAGCCAGUCGGCAUCUCGUCUACAUUCUGUGGUGCACACUCUGUCCCAAAAGGAAAGACUGCAAAAGAAGCCACAAAGGACAUUAUUAAUGUUCAUCUACCUCAGCUGAAGAAAAAAGUUGAAAAUGGUGACCUUCAUAUAGACAAUAUUGAUGUAUUCUGUGAGAAAGGGGUGUUUGACCUGGACUGUACAAGAGCCAUUCUUCAGAUGGGGAGCAGUAUGGGUUUUCAGAUUAAUUUUCAUGGUGAUGAGCUACAUCCAAUGAAUUCUGCCGAGCUGGGUGCCGAAUUGAAUGCUCUUGCUGUGAGUCACCUUGAAGAAGUGACAGAUGAAGGAAUUGCUGCUAUGGCAAAAAGCAAAACUGCAGCUGUCCUACUGCCCACCACUGCCUAUAUGUUAAGGUUAAAGCAGCCCAGAGCCAGAGACAUGCUGAAUGCAGGUGUUAUUGUUGCUUUGGGUAGUGAUUUCAAUCCCAAUGCCUAUUGUUUUUCAAUGCCCAUGGUCAUGCAUCUGGCCUGUGUGAAUAUGAAGAUGUCUAUGAGUGAGGCAUUAGCUGCUUCUACUAUUAAUGCAGCAUACGCUUUGGGAAAAUCCCAUACUCAUGGCUCCCUCGAGGUGGGCAAGAAUGGAGAUUUUGUCAUCCUCCAGUCUUCAAGAUGGGAACACCUUAUUUAUCAGUUUGGAGGCCACCAAGAACUUGUCAAGUAUGUGCUUGUGAAAGGUGCGAUAGUGUAUGAAAACAACAGGACAGCGGACUACUAAACGUUCAUCCUGAUGGAGGAAAAAAAAAAACCAACACUUUACAGUACAUGAAAUUAUAAUUGUUGACUUGAAUAAUGGGGAGGAUGUGUGUUAAAAGCUAAAAAAUGUGAUUAUACACUUCAAAUAAAACUGUGUGAUUAUUGUUGUA